AUGGACGAUGAUUUAGCCUUUUGUCUCAAUGAAUUUAUCGAUGAACAGGUUCAACUAAUCGAUGAUUGUGUUGAAGAAAUCAAGAAAGAAGAGGAAGAUCAAUGUGGAAAACUUGAAGAAGAACAAGUGAAGUACAUAGCAGCACGACCACCGCCCAAAGAUAAAGGCUCACACGAAGAAGAGAAGGCGUUGGUGGAUAAAUUCUGUGACGACCUUCGAAGAGCUGGCUCUGAGCCGAGUAAAACGAGAACAGUCAUAGACGAUCCGGCUUGUAUAGCUUCUUUGCGCGCCGAACUGUCAGCAAAGGUUAAUUCAUGUGUUGGCUACCUCACUCGAUUACGUAAUUUAGCUGAUCCAUUGCCGAAUUCAUCGAAGUUCGUCCAGCUUUGCAAUGACACAAUGGACUAUUGUCGCAGUCAACAAGAUUUCGACAAUAAUUUCAAAGAUUUGUAUGCACUAGUAGAACAAAGCGAUUCGGACGAGAUCAUUCGAAAUAUUCAUCGAUGGUGGAAAGAUACUUACGGAUCUCGAAUAGCGAAUAUCAAUGAACGUAACAAAAAGUUCAAUGGCGCUAUUACAGAACCCAAUUUUGCUGUUCUAUCGCCAACAAGUCGUGUCAUAGCACACGCAAAAAAACUAAUUGCUGCUCGACAGGUUAUACCUAUCGAACCGGCAUAUUUCGACAUCGUACGUAAAUUCGUUCGAAAACUCCUCGCGAUCGAUGAAGACAAACGGAAUGAAGUUAAUGCUAAUGAACUAGCAGAUCAGUUGAAUGGUAUGGAAAUUGAAGAGAUUAUUAAAUAUGCUGAAAAAUGGUUCGCGGAGCGAGAUGCAAUACGAAAUCAGAAAGAAGAGGAUCCAUAUGAGGAGAAAAUAGAGAUAGUUAAAGCCGAAUGCGGUCGAAAACGAAUGGCACAGGAGGCGAAGAAACUGGCCUUGGCAGCUCUUCUAUGCCGUUUAGCCGUGGGAUCGGGUGAAAAUAAACAAUUCGAUAGUCAACUUCAGAGAACGGUGCAAAAACAACGACGUGAUAAUGAACAGAGUAUACCAGUCAUUUCUGGUGAAAUUCGGGAUCCUGAAGAGAACGAAUUAGGCUUCAUGUUUCAAUUGGACGCAAAUGACGCUGAGAUGGAUCAGUGGGUGAACAAUCAUAAUGGAAUGCGUGACGUGUUCAUUCGUAAUUUAUGUGAAGCAUUUGGUAUCCCAAACAAAAAGAUACGUUUCGAUCGUAUUGAUCGUGAGAAAGGUAUCGUACAACUACGUGUUCUACCACCAUUUGGUAAACAAGUUGUCGAUGGCCUUAACGGUGGAGCUGCAGACGCUUAUGCCCGAAUGCAGGCUGUGCGUAAAUGCUGUUUGGAUAUGAAUGCGAAUGUUGAAUCAAUAACACUUGGUGAAUUUGGAUUAAGAAUUGAAGAUAGACUUAUGGAUCCAAGAUGGAAUAAGGUAUAUGGUUGGGGACCAGGGGAAGCCGGUACCGAGUUUUGGUCCACUCCGAUAAACCGAGGAGGGAGACCUUAUUUCUGUCCUUUAGGUUGGAAACGUUUCGGUGUUAAAGUAGCUGAAGAUGACAAAGAAUUUGAUUCGAAAUGGGGUGAUUGGUAUUUGGCCUACCAUGGCACGCAAGGUGCAAACGCAUCAAAAAUUCUCACUUCAGGACUUAAAGUUAGCAGAAAAGGAUGUUUUUUUGCUGACGGAAUCCCACGUGUAUACGUUUCACCCAGUAUUGAAUACUGUGGACACCCUCGGUAUGCUUGUCCAUGGAAACGAACGCAUAAGGAUGGUCAAUCAUUGUGGUAUCAAUUAGUUUUUCAAUGUCGUGUAAAUCCAUCAUCGAUUAAAAAGAUCGGCCCUGAAACCUUGAUCCACGACCAAUAUAAAGCGACCGUUACGAUCGAUCCAAACUUCAGCAAUACUGAACUUGAAUGGAUUAUUAUAGGUGAAGGCGCAGAGGAAUUCAUCACGAAUAACAUUAUUUGUUAUGGUCUCAUGAUGCGUGUCACAAAAGUCGAUCCAAGUACAUUGUCAUCAUCGAAAUGGUGGAAACGUUCUCAUUGUGAAGUUGAAUAUCCUAAAUGA